AGUCUUCUACAUCUGUAGUCACUGACGAGACUGUACGUAUUUGAGCAUUUUGACAGCUCGAAAAAUUAUUAAAAUAUAUUUUAUGGUACAAUUUAAUACUAGAUAGUAUUUAGGUUUCAAUUGUACUGACAAUGUAUUCUAUUUUAUAAGCUAAACGGAUAAUAAAGAAGGUUAGGCGGUUCAGAGGUCCUAUUAACAUUGUGCCCUCCUACUUACCUAACGGUAACAAAGCACUGAAAAAUGUUACACAGAACUCCUAAUCUUCGGAGAUUUCUUCAAAAUAUUAGCAGUCAUAGUAAAGACUAUUUGUACGUUUUUCAAGUAGGGUAUACAAGGAGGCAUAGCAGCACUUUGAUAAAGUGUAACUAUGGUGCAAAGUGCAAGUUACAUAUCACUGCAAAUUCUCAGAAGGUUUUUACCAACAAAAUAGGGUAUCCAGAGGAAAUGAGAUGGAUACUUGCUGCAAUGCCAAGGUCAAUUUCUAUAUUCACAAAAGUACAAAAAGAACAAUCAGGAAACAUAAAUAAGCCAGAGGAUGAAGCGCAACAAACAAUAAUAGAAUUAAAAGAAGAAAACUUAGGACAAUUGAAGGAGAGAAAAUUAGAUGUUAAAUCUACUUCUGUGGGUGAUAAUCAGAAUAAAAAAGAAAAACAAGCAUCAGGUAAAAAGAGAAGUAAGAUGGAUAAAAGUGUAUCUUCCUUAGAACGUAACUUUAUCACACCUGUUAGAGCUAUGUGUGAUUUUUUACUAAAACCUUCUGAUCUUGAAAACUUACCAAAGACUAAAAGAAGAUCUCCAUAUGAAUUUGAACCACCAAUUACUGUAUAUUGGAGAAAAGAUGUUGAGGCAAAAGCAUUGGAAGUUUGGGGAUCAAAGGAAGCCUUAAAGAAAGAGCUCCUUAAAAAAGAACUGGAACAAAAGGCUUACCAACAAAAUAUAUUUACUGUUAAGCGAAGGCUCCGAGAUUACAGACGAGAAAUGGGCAGUAAAACCGAGUUUGUGCAAAAAGAGGGCCUUUUUGGAAGAUCUGGUACUGUCGUUUUAAUUGCGAGUCUAAUCAAUGGCAGUAAUUUCGUAUUCAAGUUAUGUGCAUGGAUAUACACCGGGUCGCAUAGUAUGUUUUCGGAAUGUGUGCACUCUGCCGCGGAUACUUGCAAUCAAUUAAUAUUAGCGUACGGUAUCCAUAAGUCAGUACAGGAUCCUAAUCCUGAUCACCCAUAUGGUUACACUAAUAUGAGAUACGUUUCUUCUUUGAUAUCUGGUGUUGGUAUCUUUUGUGUGGGUACUGGUUUAUCAAUUUACCAUGGAAUUCAUGGUCUUCUUCAUCCUUCGGCAGUAGAGUCCUUCUAUUGGGCAUAUGUUCUCUUAGCCGGUUCCUUGGUAUCUGAGGGAGCGACAUUAUUAGUAGCAAUACAAUCAAUUAAAAAAGGAGCAGAGGAGAAGCGACAAACAUUUAAGGAAUAUGUAUUAGGAGGGCAAGAUCCUUCAGUAAACGUCGUCCUUAUGGAAGAUUUCGCCGCUGUACUUGGCCUUAUUUGUGCUGCUAGUUGUAUGGGUCUAACUUCCUGGCUAGAAAAUCCAGUGUAUGACUCCGUUGGAUCUCUUUUAGUGGGUGGCCUUCUUGGCGCAGUGGCAAUGUUUAUAAUUCAUACAAACGCGACCGCUUUAAUUGGAAGAAGUAUAUCUCAAGAUGACCUUGAUAAGAUCAAUGCGGAGUUAGAGUCAGACAUAAUGGUUCGAGCAAUUCACGACGUUAAAGGUAUUGAUAUGGGCAAUAAUGUAGUUCGAUAUAAAGCCGAAAUUGAUUUCGAUGGCAGAGAAUUGACAAGAUCGUACCUCGAUAAGAACGAUCUCAACGAGAUGUUAAAGGAAGUACAACGAAUGGAAAACAUUGAUGAAUUGGAAGGGUUUAUGUUGAAACAUGGCGAAGGUAUCGUUGAUACAGUCGGUGGAGAAGUAGACAGAAUGGAGCUAAAAUUAAAGAAGAAUCAUCCAGAGAUUCGACAUUGCGACUUGGAAAUCCUGUAAAUACUUCGUACGAAGUACGAAAGUAAAUGCGAUACACGAUGUAAAUACUGUUUAAUAUAUAUAUAUAUAUAUAGCACCGUCAAGCUUAUUAUUUAUAUACGAUAGGUAUAGCACAUGUGUUUUCAUUUAUAGAUCGAAAAGAAAAAUAAAACAAACAAGUUCGGAUGUCCUAUUUAUAAAA